AUGGAAACCAUGUGCCCCAUCGAUAAAGUCGUGCGUGCAGCCGGAGUCAUCUCUUCAACAAUAGCAGGAAUAGAAACUCAAGAGCUGCUUUACCAUCACAGACAAACCCUUCAAAUCGCAUUUGACAAUCUAGGGCAAAUCCUUUCUUCAAGCACUCAGGAUACUUUGCUUUCAGCACAACCUCAAAUUCAAUCAACAGAACCGUUGAGUCAAACCCAAGAAAGCAAUCAGCAAGCGAGCAAUCAUGAUCACAACCAGGAAACCUCUGAGACAAUGCCUUCAGCACCUUCUCCUCAGUCACCCGCACCAGGUGACGCUUCCGCACUGCCACAAGAAAAGCAAGAUAAUAAAGUCAGUAACCUAAUGGACAAUCUCCGCCGUCACUCCAAGGAAAUCCACGCCUUUACCGACAAGGAAGAAGCGCACGCAGUUUUUUCAAACAAACAGUGGACGCAGCGUGACCCUCGCCAUGUUGACAUCAAGCUAACAAAGCGCAAUCAUACUUGGACUCAAAAAUUCCGGUGUUGGCUCGCCCGAUAUUCGUUUGCCGAUGAAUAUCUAACCUGGGCCCAAAACACGUACGGAAAACCUCGCGAAGAAUUCUUGAUUCUUACGGCAGAAGACGCAGACAACAGAGGAAAAGGCCAUGUCACUGAAUUUUUGGGCUCCGUUCACGAUAAAGACGAAUCUAUCAGGAAAGAAAUACAGUACGGACUGAAGUAUCACUCAUUCGAACACAUCUACAAGAGUCGCGGGGUCUCUGUGGUUCUCUUCGGUGUGUCCUUUGCAUUUCGUCAGAUAACUUAUCCACAUAUGAAAUUACUGGCAGAAUCUAUCGGCGAAGACUCGACGUGGUCUGAUUUGGCAAAAAGAAAGGCCGACUGGUUAUCUCAGUGCUUGCUGAUCUACAAUGAAGAUUACGAGAAUUAUAGAAAGCAGAAGGGGCAUAAACGGGCUUUUGAUUCCGAGGGCGUCGAACAGAGCCAGAAAAGGCGUUCAGGUGUGACCCCCAUGCCUACGUCGGCGCUGGAACGGGAAACCCCCAGCGAGGCACCUCAAGACGACAGAUUGGGCGCCAUACAUGUCUCCGCAAAUCCUCCGAUAUCCAAUGCAGUGGGUGACAAGGAGAUAGACCAAUCUAUGGCUGAUGGCUAUGACCCGUUCCAGGUGGACUUCAAUUUUCUUCUCCGAGAGCUCGAUGGUCAGAAUCCUGAAAUGAUCAACCCUCAACCUUGUUUUGAUAAGCGAGUUAGCGAUGAAGCCGAUGGCUAUGACCCGUUCCAGGUGGACUUCAAUUUUUUGCAAGGGCUGAACCCAGAUAUGACCGAUGUACGGCCGUUCCUUUUGGGUGAGGACGAUGGGACAGGACGCUAUUUGUCCCAAUGUAGUUCUUCCCAGCCUCAGACUGCUUGCUAG